AUGGCGAUGAGAAAAUUUGACGUUGAGCCCAGCAAAGAAAUGGCGAUUUUCUUGAAAAAUCACCACUCGGAACAACUCAAGUGUAUUAUCCUCUCCUCUGAUCCUCGCCUUCAUUACCCUCUCCAUGUUGAUUACGCCGAGCUAAUGAAUGAAUACCCAGGAUUAGCACACCUUGUUUUCUCGCAGCCGGCGGAAUAUUUACCCCUGCUAGACGAAUCAGCUGUCCGGGUUCAGAAUGUGCUAUAUGAGGAUUUGAAGAGAGUGGAAAAUGCUAGUGUGAAGGCCUAUGUACAUGUCCGGAUUAAUAUUUGCGGUUCUCCUCUGGAAUUUCCCGAAACUUUUCCGAGUAUUGGACGUGUGAGAGUGAGGCACCGCGGGAUUCUUCUCACUCUUAAAGGCACAGUAAUUCGUUCUGGAGCAGUCAAAAUGAUUGAAGGCGAGAAGCUUUAUGAGUGUCGUGUAUGUAAGCACAGAAUAAAAGUUUAUCCGGAGGUGGAAACCAGGAAUGCCAUACCCCGGCCAUCAUUUUGCCCUUCUCAGAAUUGUGAAAGCACGCGUUUCCAGAUAGUAGAAGACAACAAGAUAUGCCAUGAUUAUCAGGAAAUCAAAAUUCAAGAAAAUACUCAGGUUUUAGGAGUGGGAGCUAUCCCUCGUUCAAUUCCUGUUAUUCUGAAGGAUGAUCUUGUCGACACGGUUAAAGCUGGAGAUGACAUAAUUGUUACAGGAGUUUUGACUGCUAAAUGGUCUUCAGACAUAAAGGAUGUGCGUUGUGACCUUGAACCUGUACUAGUAGCCAACUCCGUGAGGAGAAUGAACGAGCUAAAGUCAGAUAUUGAUAUUCCUGAGGACAUUGUUAUGAAAUUCAGACAUUUCUGGAUGGAAUUUAAACAUGCUCCUUUGAAAGGAAGAAAUACCAUUCUUCGAUGUAUCUGUCCACAGGUUUUUGGACUCUUCACUGUGAAGCUUGCAGUUGCUCUUACACUAAUCGGAGGCGUUCAGCAUGUUGAUGCUUCUGGAACAAAGGUCCGAGGAGAGUCUCAUUUGCUUUUGGUUGGAGAUCCUGGCACGGGAAAAUCACAGUUCUUGAAGUUUGCUGCUAAACUGAGCAAUAGAUCUGUAAUAACUACUGGCUUAGGGAGCACUAGUGCUGGAUUGACAGUCACUGCAGUCAAGGAUGGAGGGGAAUGGGUGCUGGAAGCUGGAGCCCUGGUGUUGGCAGACGGUGGCCUUUGUUGUAUAGAUGAGUUUGACAGCAUGAGGGAACAUGAUAGAGCAACUAUUCAUGAAGCCAUGGAGCAGCAAACCAUAAGUGUAGCCAAGGCUGGUCUUGUGACGACUCUCAGCACAAGAACAAUUGUUUUUGGUGCAACAAAUCCAAAAGGACAGUAUGACCCAGAUCAACCUUUGUCCGUCAACACCACACUUUCCGGACCAUUACUAAGCAGGUUCGAUAUUGUUCUUGUGCUUUUAGACACAAAGAAUCCACAGUGGGAUUCAGUUGUUUCAUCUCACAUUCUCUUUGAGGAAGAACAGAGAAAAGGGACUCGUGAUGAAGAUUUGUCUGACAUGUGGUCUCUUACCAUGCUCAGAAGCAGGUAUAUUUAUUACGUGAAAGGAUAUUUCAGACCAGUCCUCACUAAGGAGGCUGAAAAGAUUAUAUCUAGCUAUUAUCAACUGCAGAGACGAUCAGCCGCUCAAAAUGCAGCAAGGACAACAAUUCGCAUGCUGGAAAGCUUGAUACGCCUAGCUCAAGCACAUGCGAGGCUCAUGUUCCGGAAUGAGGUGACCCGGCUGGAUGCAAUUGCGGCCAUAUUAUGUGUCGAGUCAUCCAUGACCACCUCAGCAAUAGUCGACAGUGUUGGGAAUGCACUGCACUCAAAUUUCACAGACAACCCUGACCAAGAAUACAUGAAGCAAGAAAAGCUGAUUCUGGAGAAGCUGAGCUGCUUAGAUGAUUUUCCCGACAUUAAUAUCUGCGGCUGA